AUGGUCGAGAAGGCCGUGCCUGGCUACGACAGCAAAACUGCCAAGGAGCUUUGUGGACUUCUUCUUGCUUUGCCGACAUGUGGCCAGCUGAAAAUGGGGAGCUGGGAUUCGGCCUCCGACGAGACACACGAGCAGAAGCUGAUCUCUGCCUGCUACAGGCAGAACACGAGAGGGGCCAUGAUCCAGCCCCUCACGGUCUUUCAAUGGGUCAGUGUGGCCCUGCUCUCCUGUCACCCAGCCGGCUGCAAUGAAGCGGAACUCUUCGAGACUGCCCCAGCACGCCGGGCACACUGGCUGGAGGCCUUCCACCGGAUCCUGAAUGGCUACAAUGAGCGUGUCAGUGUGGAUGGGGUCGAGAAGCAGCCCACGAAUGUGAAGAAGCGGAAGCGGGCCAGCCGCCAGACCAAGCAGUCUGCUGAAGCUGCUGCCGAGCUUGACCAGAGCAGUAUCAAAAUCGGCACCCAGAGGCAGACUGCCAUCAAGUGCGUCUUGCAGCACUUCACCCGGCCGGCCUGGGAAACUUGCACACACCACAUGGCCUGGACAUACUCGGCGGCCAAUAGUGCUUUCAGCGAUGCCUUGUUGUCCUGGACACACUUGUAUCCGGGCAGCUAA